AUGUCCAUGAGCGGUCGCCUCGCGUACGUCACGUUGCAGCGUUAUCGGCGGUCGAUCAUGGAGAAGGAGCUCACCGGCAUGGGGAUCCAGGUGUUUGCCGUCGACCAGAGUCCCAAGUGCGAAGCCAUGAACCCGUCGUCUGGGAUCUCAGGCGACUCGCACCAAGCAAACAAGUGGCUCCUCGACCCACUCCACGCGAAGGCCAAGGCCGCCGGUGCCACGAUCAUCGACGACAUCGACAACUAA